CGGGGAGCCAAUCACGCAGAAGGAAGUGACACCCUGAGGCGCCCCACUCGGUGUCUGCGACACGCCGCCCAGGAAGUGCCAUGAACCGUCUUCUACUGUUACUUUUGCCCGCAGUACGCGCACAAUGCGACAAGUUUCAAAAUGAGUAAGAGGAAAGGUGAAGCCCUCAGUAAAGCCACAGCUGUCAAGAGCCGCAGAGCGGCCCCUUCAUCCAGCAGAGGCCCUCCCUCCGUCUCAGGAGACAUCGGCCUCAUUGAGAGCAUCACUCUGAAACACUUCAUGUGUCACCAUUGGCUCGGCCCCUUCAAGUUUGGACCCAAUGUGAAUUUCAUCGUCGGCAACAAUGGAAGUGGAAAAAGCGCAAUCGUGACUGCUUUGAUAGUAGGCCUGGGUGGAAAGGCAACCGUCACAAACAGAGGAAUGUCCCUGAAGGAUUUUGUUAAAAGCGGUGAGAACACUGCAGAUAUAACAGUGAAGCUGAGAAACAGAGGACCAGAUGCGUUUAAAAGGGGCGUCUACGGCGACUGCAUCUCCAUCGAGCACCGGAUCUCCAGCGAUGGAUGUCGCACCUGCAGAUUGAAGAACAAAUCAGGACAACUUAUCUCAAACAAGAAGGAGGAUCUGACAGCCAUUUUGGACCAUUUCAACAUUCAGUUGGAUAACCCUGUGUCCAUCCUCAGCCAAGAAAUGUGUAAACAGUUCCUGCAUUCAAAAAGUGAAUCCGACAAGUACAAGUUCUUCAUGAAAGCAACUCUGCUGGAACAGAUGAAGAGAGAUUACAUGCACAUCAAAAACACUAAAACAGUUACACGGCAGCAGGUUGAGAGACAAGAGGAGUCUCUUAAGGACCUGAAGCAAGAGUUUCUCCAGAAGAAAGAGAGGUACGAAAAGUUGCCGUCCUUCAGUGAGAUGAAGGGGGUUUUGGAGAAUCUCAAGAAAGCGAUGGCGUGGUGUUUGGUCAGAGAGAAAGAGCAGCUUGUACACCAGUUAAAGGAGGACUUUGAAAAGGAAGCAAACAAUCACAAACACCGGGACAACCUUCAGCUCUGGCAGUCUAAGCUCACACAAGUGGAGAAGAGGAUCCAGCGCAUCGAAAGCAGGGUUGAUGGCAUGAGGCAGGAACGAGAGACUCUGUCUGAUGACAGUUUGAAGAUGAGAGAGCAAGUGAAAGUCGUCUGCAAGGCUCACAAGGAGCAGGAGCUUGUUUAUUUCCGCGCUCUGAACAAACUCAAACAGUCAGAAAAGGAGCAAAACCUUCUCCGGGAGAGAAUUGAUAAGGCAAAAACAAGUGUAAACCUUGACAAUGAUGGAACCACAGAAUAUUCAAAACAGCAGAAGAAAAUAUCCAGUCUGAAGGAGCAGCUUGCGCAGCUUGAGACAAACUGCUCAAAGUUGAAUCAAGAGAUCAAGAACAAGCAUCUGGCCCUUUUCAAUGGAAGGGAAGAGCGCGACAAGCUGAGAUUGGAGGAAAGAAAUAUCCACGCUGCGUACGAGUCCAAACUGAGGAGGAAGAAUCAGAUCCUCGCCAGUCGCUCAAACACACUGAAGCGAUUUGGAGAUCAGGUACCCGACCUGCUGGCUUCCAUCGCUGAGGCGUACGCCACAGGACGCUUUCUCAAGAGACCUGUUGGCCCAAUAGGGGCGUGCAUCAGUUUGAAGGAUCCCGUGUGGGCUGUGGCCGUGGAGUGCUGUCUGCGGAGCUUCAUGAAAGCUUUCUGCUGUGACAACUACAAGGACGAGGCGGUCCUCCAGGAGCUGAUGUGUCGCUAUUAUCCAAAGGGCAACAGGCCCCAGAUCAUCGUCAGCUCUUUCUCUGAAAAAGUUUACAACAUCCACGGACGGAAAGCCCAUCAUCCAGAAUGUCUUUCUGUGCUGGACAUAAUCACAGCAACGAACCCAGUCAUCAUCAACUGCCUGAUUGAUAUGAGGGGGAUAGAAUCAAUUCUCAUUAUCAAAGAUAAAGACAAAGCGAGAAGGGUCAUGCAGCAAGGUCAGCCUCCUAAGAACUGUCGCGAAGCCUUCACUGCUGAGGGCGACCAGGUGUUUUCAAACCGUUAUUACACCUGCGACUUCAGCAUAGCCAAGUACCUCGGUGGGGAUCUUGAGACUGAAAUAAGCAUGUUGGAGACCGAUCUGGCGAAUCACCAGGCUAAGCUGUCCAGGUUUCAUCUCCACGUGACCUCUGUGACUGAGGGCAUCAUGAACAUGGAGAGACAUCUGGACAGCACCGUUAUCACCCUGAAGAAGACUCUGGUGUCAGUGAAUCAAGUCAGGGCAUCAAUAACUGAGCUGGAGACUGCUGGCAAGGAGCACAUUGAUGACCUCAACACCUUGGAAGAAGUCGCCCAAGAGAACCGACAAAAGAUGGAGGUAGAAAACCAGACCGUUCAUGAGGCAAGGAAAGAGCUCAACAAGCAGCGGAAAGCAGCCGAGGAAGUGGAGUCCAAGUAUUCAGCUGUCAGAGAACGGAUUCAUCAUCUUUAUGAGGAGACCGAGGUGUUAAAGGAUGAGCAGCUGAAGCUGGAUGCUGAGUGUGCGAGACACGAGCACACCCUUACGAUUUUAGAAACCAAACUGAAGGCUCACGAAGACAACGUCCAAGCCAUGGAGAUUGAGCUCGCGGAAAGAGAAGAAGAGCUAAAGGAAUGUGUGGUCAAAGCAUCCGAGAUCAGCCCCGAGCGGCAGCAGGUGAGCAGCAGCACCAGCACCAGGACCAUCGACACUGAAAUCACGCGGCUGAAGAGGCAGAUCAAGGUGUACGAGAGCAACCACGGCGAGCAGGAGCAGGUGGUGAGGGAGUACGCUGAGGCCCUCGCACUCUACAGAGAGAAAACCAACCAAGUGAGAGAUCUGCGGGGGUUCAUCGAUCAACUGGAUAACAUCAUGUCGGACAGGCAGAACAGAUACAAAAUAAUGCGUAGGUCAGUCUCAGUCAGAUGCAAGUUGUACUUCAAUAACUUUCUGAUAAAGAUGAACUGCUGCGGCUCGAUGGUUUUUGAUCACAACAAUGAGACCCUCUCAAUCUCGGUGACGCCUCCGGGCAGAGAGGACGACGGUGUGAGCGACAUGAGGUCACUGUCCGGGGGCGAGCGCUCCUUCUCCACUGUUUGCUUCAUGCUCUCUCUGUGGGAAAUCACAGAGUCGCCCUUCAGAUGCCUCGAUGAGUUCGACGUCUACAUGGAUAUGCACAACCGCAGAAUCUCUCUGGAUCUCCUCCUGGAGCUGUCAGAGCGGCAGCACCUUCGACAGUUCAUCUUCAUCACUCCCAUCACCACCAGCAAUCUGCCCAAAACCAGCCUCAUCAAAAUCCACCAGCUUCAGGAUCCUGAAAGAAGCCAAAGUGAAACGAUGGAUGAAGAGACUCUUAUGACAGAAACAUGAAAAGUGACAGAUGAAGAUUAAUUUUCAUGUGCACAGUCAAUGUAUUAGAAUUCACUAUUGUUUAAUGGGAUUUGAAGUUGUACAUGUCCUUUUCUACUGUGAUAACUGUUUCAUUCCUGUUAUGCAGCCUAUGACAUAUGCAAAAGCUUGAGGAUUUUAUAUUUAAAAAAAUAACAAUUGAGUUUUUUUUAUGUGCAUUAUUCUGUAUUUAUGUGAGAAAGAAUCUCGUUAUCUAUAAUUCAAGAUAUUUGUUAUACGUAUAUAACACAUCCUGAUGUGUUUUUUGUCAAUUGUUUUUUCACCCUGAAGGUUUCGCUGCUACUAACUCUGAUUGCCCUGAAGGAUGUCGGUUAGUUUAUCAGAUGAAAUUUGGUGUGUUUGGGUGUGAAGAGUUCUGGCCCGCUAGAAGGAUUCUCACUCUUAUUUUCGUGCAUUUCACGACACAUUCAUUCAGUCAAGAGUGAACAAUUUUUUAAAAUGUUAAUCUGAAAUUGUUUUAGUAAUAUUUUGUGUAAUUUUACCUCAGGAGUGAGUGUAAAUAUGUGUAAUAACGUUGCUCCUGGAGUUGAUCGACUUUGGACUCUGUGACAUAAACAUGAACUCUGCAGUUCUCUGAAAACCGCUGAAAUAGAAGUUGUUUACUGUA